AGUCGAUGAUCGAUCCCGUCGGCACGUGCACGCGGCGUCGCCUGCGCACGCCUCGUUGUUUCGUGUUGUUCUUUUAAAGCUCAUUACGUAAUUCGGCUCGCUUUCCCUCCUUUGUUAUCAAAGGGGCGGCGUGACGUCAUCAGCCAGCUCCGCGCAGGAAGGAGGUCCGAGGGGGCUCGCGCCAGCUGCCGCUGCACAACCGCGCUAACGGACGCAAGGAAAACAAACAGAAACAAACCGCGUCGGCGGCGGCGCGAUUAGCUUCUGUAGCUGUUAGCUUGUUUUCUCUUUCCUUUUUUUUUUGCCGCUCGGCGAAGAAGAAGAAGAAACGCGGCGAGAGAAGAGAGAGCGACCGACGGACAGAGAAAGUGCGACGCGGCGGUUCUGCCCGAGCUGAAUGUGUGCAGGUCAGACGGUGCUGCGCAGUUUCUCCCCACCGACUCGAGCCGCUCACCAGGCGCAACCAUGUCCGACGCCGCUAACGCUGCUUCCGCAGACAACAACGGAGACCUCGGGCUAAACGGGUCCUGGGUGGAGUUGGAGAUGAACAGAGGUGCAGCCAGCUCCUCCAGCCAGUCGUCCUCCGUGGUCGGCACGGCCUCGGUCCUGCUGCCGCUGCCCCAGGUGGAGGAAGACGAAGCCAUGGUGGGGGGGCUGGAGCACGUCCCGUCCUCGUCCUCCAUCCACAACGGGGACAUGGAGAAGAUCCUGCUGGACGCCCAGCACGAGUCGAGCCGCAGCAACUCCUCCUGCGACAGCCCUCCGCGACCUCACAGUCCCCAGGACGACGGACAGAUCAUCUUCGACGUGGACGUGACCGGCAGGAGAGACAGCCAAUCAGAAGACGAAGUCUUGGACAAAGAGCGGGACAUGGACAUCCUGAUGAAGGACUCAGACUGGGUCGCUGAUUGGUCCAGUCGACCGGAAAACAUUCCCCCCAAGGAGUUCCACUUCCGUCACCCCCGACGCUCAGUCACGCUCAGCAUGAGGAAGACCGGGGCCAUGAAGAAAGGAGGCAUCUUCUCUGCCGAGUUCCUCAAAGUCUUCAUCCCCUCGCUGCUACUAUCACACAUCCUCGCCCUGGGCCUGGGAGUCUUCAUCGGGAAGAGGCUGACCACGCCACCGACCAGCUCCUUCUGAAGCUGCAAACUGGAGACAAAGUGCCUGAGAAGUGGCCACAAGGUUUUUUUUUGGGGGGAGAAAAGCUUUGCUGUCGUGACAAGAACGAACGCCCGUCUCUCUCCUUCCUCUGUCCCGCCUGCUUCCCCCUUCCACGUCCCUGAGAUAUGACUUGUUCUCAGGAGAAAUAAAUCUGUCUCUUCUUCUUCUCUCCUCUCCUUCUUCUUCUUUUAUAUCCUUUAACCAUUUGUAUAAGCUUUUCAGAUAAGGAAUAAGGUCAUAUUUCCCCUUUCCUCAGCGAUUGUUUAUAGCGGGUGGGUUUUCCAAGCGAGGGUCGCAGCAUUAAACCAAAUGUUUCUUCUUCUUUUACGACACAGUAUCCUGUUGCCCUUUGACCUUCUGACAACCAGGGAGAACUGUCCCGUUGUAGAAGUGACCACAGAUUGUGCCACGAAGUAUCCCAACGAAAUUCAGAGUCUGCUACGCAAAACUGAAAAUAAUGUGAUCAUGCCUUCUUUCUUUUUUUUUUAAAGUAGCAUUGCCUAAUUUUUUUUUUAUUUAUUUCACAACAGUGGUGGUUUUAUUGAGAGUUACUAUAGUGGCCAUCACAAACCACGAGCACUCAUGAAUUGCACCGGAAGGGGGCAAGGAUCUGUGGAGAGAUUGAUGUGCCGCUUUUCUUUUGUGUGACAGAUAUUGAAAUGGAUUCAAUUCUGCAGCCAACGUGACAAUAACUGGAAGCCGGCAGGCGGCGCGUCCUGCUCAGUUUUGCACACUAACAGUAUUUCGUGUUUGGGUUCUUGAGUAACGGAGAAAGAUUCGGUCGCCUCGUCUCAAACUGUCCCGUGUCCUCGUCCCUCUUCAGGGGAGUCCUCUCUGCUCGGUCCGCAACACACAGGAGAGCUGGUUUGAGCCCGACGGGUCGGUUCUGUUUUACCUUGACUCCACGUUGUGGCUGGAUAUUAUUACUGUGCGGAUUGUUUCCUUUUCCUGCAAAUUUUUAAGGGAGACAUUUUGCUUUUCUUUCAGUUUUUCCACUUUCCUCUAGUGUGUUAUAGGUUUGUUGUGUAUGUGAAAGGUCUGAAAGUAAAAAAAGCUCCUGAACUUCCUACACGCGCUGGAAGCGGUUGACCAAUCACAACAGAGUGGAGCCAGCAGGCCAAUCAGAGCAGACUGGGCUUCAUCGAGAGGGAGGGGCCUUAAAGAGACAGGAGCUAAAAACCAAGUGUGUCAGACGGGCUGAAAAGAGGAGCUGCAGGAAUGUGACAGUCUGAGGAAACUGAUGUGUUUCAUUAGAGCAUGUGAACCUUCUCAAGUAUUAACCCAAAUCAAAAUGAUCAACCUGAGCAGGAUAUGUCUCUUUAAGUUACCAGAAUGGAUGCGGUACAGAAAAGCUUGGUUCGGAUUUGUUUUUGACGAGGUUUGCAUGAUUAACUAGAAAAACUAGAAGUUGAACAUCGAACUUGAAAGAAUUGACUAUUGUACUUUCAACAUUUGUCCAAUUGUCCAUUAAUAUCCAGCCCAGCAUCCUCACACUCCCGUCACGUUUGCCAAAAUUGCAAAACAGGCAUGAAAUACUUCAUCAGUCUGUCUGAACCGACUCCGCGGUCGGUCUGAGUUUUGGACAGACGGACUGGUCGUCCUCGAGCGGGAGGGAGGGAGGGAGGGUUGUCUGAGCGCAUAGGUACUCGGCUAUCGAAUGAGCAGUAAGGUCGCAGCAUGAUUGAAAAGCUUUGAUAUCAGACGUCGUCGACUUCACUGCAGUAUCUCUGAGGUUGGACUGCUGUUGCUUUUGUACCGGUGGGCCUUGCGUAGACGUGGUUCCGAUAUUAUUUGAUUUCCACCAGCACCCUAUGAAAUGCACAAAUGAGGAGUUUUGACAUAAGAGUCGUCGAAGAUAAACAAAAUGGACUUUUUGCCUUGUUACCUUUUCAAAAAAAAAAAAACGAGAAAACAUUUCAGUGUUGUUUCAUUGAUUCAAGUAAAAAAAGAAAAUCUCAGUGAAACAAACACCUCAGACUUUUGGACUUUGUGCUAAAAGAGAAAUUAAGAGCGUCGUAAGAACGUCGUCUGGAAGCUGAAGAUCGUCGACAGCUGCCUGACGUGUCACAGUAAACACUUUGUUGACCGGAGGCCUCCUGCCUUCUCUUUUUUUAAACUUCUUAUUACAGACUCAUUAUCUACCAGCAGUGAAUGUGUUGCGGUGGUUGACUUUGCUCUCACUGUUCCCGUUUCAGCCACAGAGAUACUGCACUUUUUAUUUUGCGACAUCCAUGUGUACGUCUGUCUUGUGUGUUUUGUACGUGCAGCAUUUGUAGCGGUGGAUUGUUUUUUAGUUUUUUUGUUGUUGGAGGAACGAUGCUGAACGCACUGAGCGGGAGUCGAGUGGAGACACAUUUGAAAGAAAUCGAUGGCAAUCGAUGUGAAUAGGAAAGACAGUAGUUAUUUGAAAUGAUGCAUUUGCUUUAAUUUUCUUUUUUUCCCUACGACAAUGAGAAAAAAAUAAUUGAUAAACAUUUUGUCAUUAAAUAUAACCUGAAGCUA